UCUGCACACCACUUAAUCUUUAUUUAAUCAAGAAAAAUACUUACUUUGCUCCGUGAAUGUGCUUCAUUCGUUUGAUUAAACAUCAUCAGAAUGCUGAGUAACGGGUGAACGAAGUAUUUGCGUUACUCAUAGAGCAUUAGAAUGUGGAUAGGGAGUUUAGUGAACGGAUGAUGAGCGACACAGAUGACACUGAUAUCCUGCUACUAAUACCCCCAGAUCUGUUCGCCGUUCAUUCCGAAGAUGAUUCCGAUAGUGUGAGUUGUAAUAAUAGAAAUUCGACCGUUGUAUCUGGACUAAUAGAACAAGUCCAAUUGUUGGAAUCUAGAAUAUCAGCUAUUGAAUCCAAGGAUAGUCCCGACAACUCCUUGAAUCAUACCCGACAGUCUCUAGAUUCCACGAUGAAUUACCGACAGACACUGCCAAGGACCAAAUUCUCUGCAAGCUCGACGCCUAACUUGCAGAAAAGUUCUAGCAAACAUACCCAAUGCCAUUCGUCAUUAACAAAUCCUAAUAGUUGCCAGCAUCUUCAUCGCACUAAUGAUACCCAUCAUACUUCCAAAACUCGUGAAAAUAAUCAAAGUAACACAUCAAGCUCUAACGUGUGGAACAAGCAUGAAAGCUCUAAAUUACUUAUGGAGCCCAGUAUCUUGCAGACUGCUUUGCAAAAUAAAAAUUCCUUGCAUGCUGGUACAGGGUCUGCUGAAAGGGCUCCUCAUUCCAUGCUAUUUUCUGCAUUGAAUGUUUGUGAUCACGAUGCCCAUGCCAAAUCUUGUAAUUCUUUGCCUUUGUUAAACUCCCCUAACAAAUUCAGUAAUUCCCAUGUUCCUUUAAAACGUGUUAAGGAU